CGGGCCAUCAUCCAUUUGCCUCGUCACAUCAUUCGGCGCUGUGCUAGCUAGGCUCCUCGACACCUCGCUGCUGCUGCCACAUGGAUUGGCGCAGACUUGCCACGCCCGCCGCCGCCGUCCCCCAUCAAGCACAAACCACCAGCCAAAUGAUAUAGCCCCGCGAUGGACAACCAGCAAUCCCACCAUCACGACGGCCCUCCGCCGCCUGCCGGAGGAGGUCCCAUGCCACAUGUCCUUGGCCGCGCCGCGCCGCCGCCUCAACCGCAGCAGCUGCCUCCCCAGAUGUUUACGACUGCCGCCCAGCUGCUCGACCUGACUGACAAGAAGCUCCUCGUCAUCCUCCGCGACGGCCGCAAGUUGACUGGCAUAUUACGAAGCUGGGAUCAGUUCGCAAACCUUGUCCUCCAGUCGACCGUCGAGCGCGUCUUUGCGCACACCUCGGAGCCCGACGACCCCCAGCCCAGAGGAUAUUACGCCGACGAGACACACGGCAUCUACCUUGUGCGCGGCGAGAACGUGCUGCUGCUGGGCGAGAUUGACCUCGACAAGGACGACGACAUCCCCGCCGGCUUCGAGAAGGGCGAGUUCAAGACGGUGCAGAAGCUCGCCAAGGAGAGGAAAGCGGCCGAGAAGGCCCGCGAGAAGGGACGGCUCAAGAAGCUCGCCUCUCUCGGGUUUGAGGGAGAGAACAUGGGCGAGAUCAUCCUAUGAGUGCAGGAUAACGACUCGCUCAUAAUCCGUUGGGGGGAAAUUGCUGUCUGCAGCAUGCUCAUGCGCCGCCCAAGAUACGCACCGGCGAAAUAUGUCAUCACGUGUAC